AUGGCCCCGUCAAAACCACCCCCGCCGGCGCCCCUCCCCGUCGCGCCCGACCACGCCGUCCUCUCCAACCGCCUCAACCUCCUCCUCGCCAAGCAGUCCACCCUGCGAUCAUCCCUCAACACGCACAAGCCCAAGCCCUCCUCCUCCGCCUCCUCCACGGCGGCGGGCACCGCGCCACAAGCGACGUCGCAGCGGCGCAUCAACCCCGCCGUCAAUGAUGACGACGACGACGACGACAACGGCCGCCUCGUCGCGGGCGCCAACCCCAACGCCGGCGCCGGCUACGUCCCUGACAAGAAGGCCGCCGGCCCGGUAGUCCCUGGCAAUAGCAAGGCGGAUCGCCUGCUCAGGGGCAGGCUGCAGGGCAGGCAGGGCGCCGCCGCCGGGGGCCAGCGGCGCGCGGCGCGCGCUGAGAGCGAGAGCGACGAGGACGAGGGGCGGACCGCGCUCGGCAAGCGGAAACGUCCGCGGAGAGAAGCCCAGCCCGGCGAGGAGACUUCAGCGGUGCUGGACGGCGAGAAAGGGGAAUACCAGGACGACAUUGGGGAUGAACCGCAGCGACAGCCCGCCAAGGAGGAGGAGCAGCAGGGCUCUGGCGGCUCCAAUGCAGAUCCCGGCGAGAGAAUGGUCGCUGACACGCCAAUGGCCCAAGGGCGCAAGAACAAAAAGAAGAAGAACAAGGGCAAGGGCAAAAACAAGGGUGGGCAGUUGGAGUCAUGA